GAAAAGCAACAAUACCAGGAAAAGAGAUCAGAAUCAAUGCUACCAGAAAAAGCAAUGAUACCAGAAAAGGUGAUGAUAUCAGGAAAAGCAACGAUAUCAGGAAAAGAGAUUAUAAUCAAUGCUAUCAGAAAAA